UGACAAGUUAGGAACGUUGGUGUGGGAGCUUUCGGAUCCAAAACGGCCUCUCUUUAGCCUAACCAGGAUGCUGAAUGAGGCCCUGGUUGUUGCUGGCCAGGAUUAUUAAGCCUGCCUGUGGCAGGGCAGGACAUCCCACUGUGUUCCCACCUCCUCUAUCAGGAUUGUGUAGUGAGUGGGGGAAUUAUUGGCAUGAGGACAAGCUGCAUUUUCCUGAGGAGAGCUACAGCUACUGGGGGGUAGACUGAAAUGUUUAAGGUCUCUGUCAUUUAAAACCACGCACAAGUACAUAUAGAUUUUAGCAUCAGCUCUCGUUGGAAUUGGGAAACCAGCAAACAUGAUGUUGUCGGGCAAGCUUGGGCUCCUCUUGACAGCUGUAAUUAUUGUGUCCGUAUCGCGAGAGUCCGUGGUGAGGGCUGAAGCUUUCCACAAAGGAAAUGAGACAGAGGUGUUCAGUGAGCAUGGAAAUGCCACAAAGCAUCACUCAGGUGUUACAUUGGCAGGACUCAAUUUCGAGGAAGUGAAAACCCCGCUAGUGAUCUCAUUGGUUAUUAUUUUUGCUGCUGUUGGAAAAAUAGCUUUCCAUCAUGCGCAUUGGCUAUCCUCAAAAGUCCCAGAAUCAUGCCUACUGAUUGUGGUUGGGGUGAUAUUAGGUGCUAUAUUACACUUUUCUGGUGCAGCCGAUCAUUUGCCAGACUUUUUUGAGCCACAUGAAUUCUUCCUGUACUUGUUGCCACCCAUUAUUUUAGAAGCCUCUUACAGUUUACACGAUCGUGCUUUCUACAACAAUCUGGGAGGCAUCUUAUGUUCGCUGUCGUUGGCAACAGUGAUUGCUUGUUUUACUGUAGGUUUCACAUUGAUUGGACUGGCCCGAGGGGGUGCUCUGGGUCAUCUCGACCUGGAGCUGAGUGGCACUGAAGUGCUCAUCUUUGCCGCUCUCAUUGUGGCAGUUGACCCAGUGGCUGUUCUUGCAGUCUUUGAUGAAGUGGGAGUGAACAGUGUGCUGUAUUUCAUGGUCUUUGGAGAAUCACUUCUGAAUGAUGGUGUUACUGUGGUUAUUUAUAAAGUCAUGCAAGAAUUCAAUGAAAUGGAAACUAUUGAGGGUCUCCAGAUUUUCCUCGGAAUCCUGGCCUUCUUUGUUGUGGCUGGUGGAGGCCUGCUGGUGGGAAUCAUCUUUGGAGUCUUAUCGGCUCUCCUUACCAAAUACACCAACACUGUCAGAGUUGUUGAGCCCAUUGCUGUCUUUGGAUUUGCUUAUCUGGCAUACAUCACUGCGGAGUUGUUUGAAUUUUCAGGAAUUAUCUGUAUGAUAGCCUGUGGACUCGUCCAGAUGCAGUACACAUUCCAUAACAUCACGGACAAAUCAAGGACAACGAUUAAGUACUUCACCAAGGUCAUCAGCACGACUAGUGAGAUCGUCAUCUUCCUGUUCCUUGGACUGGCUCUGGUACGGCCAGAUCACGACUUCCAUGUCGGGUUCACUCUCUGGACCAUAUUCCUCACACUGGUUUACAGAGUUAUUAUAACUUUUGGGCUGAGCUUCCUGUUAAAUCGAUUUGACCGGUAUCGGGUGCAACAGCUUUCAUUUGAGGAACAGUUUGUGAUAAGUUACGGUGGUUUGCGUGGAGCAGUUUGCUUUUCCCUGGUGGCUAUGCUCAACAUUGAUGCCGUCCCUCACAAGAAGAUGUUUGUCACCACUACCCUGGCUGUUGUCAUCUUCACUGUCUUUGUUCAGGGGAUUUCAAUAAAACCUUUCGUCAAACUGCUGCAGAUCAAACUGGCGCCUAAGGAUGAGCCGACACUUUACAGUGAGCUGAAUUCUCAGGUUACUGACCAUCUGAUGGCUGGUGUAGAGGAUAUCAUUGGUUUCAAGGGUAAAUAUUAUUUUAAGGAGGUGCUGGAGUUCUACGAUGACAAAUACCUGAAGAAGGUGUUACAGCGAAACCCUGGUCUGGCUGACGGAGAUAUUUUGAGGAUAUAUGGCAAGAUAGCCCUCAGAGAUCACGUGGAGAACCUGUAUGCUUGUAAUGCUGCCAAGAUUCCCAACACUCCAGCCAUCAAGAACGCUCUCUCCGAUGUACCGUGGGCGCUAGGUGCUGAUUUCUGGGAUUCCGGCCCGGUAAAGAGUCAAACUUUGCGUGAAUCUGGCAUCAUGGCCAGACAGCCUGGCAUGCCUGGAGAUGAGAGCGGAGAAGCAUUACUGGACACCCCACAAGUUGAGAUCAAAAUGAGUGACCCUGCCAUGAAGAGGUCAAAAAGAGGUCGAAAGGGCAACCCAGAUGUUUUGACAUAUAAAGAACUGAGGAAGUAUCUAGUGAAAAACCCUUCAAGAUCGUACAUGCAUCUGAAGUACGACCCAUACCUUUCCCGGGAAGACAAGACAGACAUGUUGGAGCAUAUUCGCCAGAAACACCUUCGCAACCGGCGUCUGCAGGAGUACGCACUGACAAGGCGCCCAGAGCUGGAGCGCUGCAUGUCGUGGGCAGGGGGAAGCCGUCCACCAAAAAGCACUGAUGAUGCAGCAGCAGGUGCACGACCUAACAAAGCUAUGUCUGUGGAUCUUUCUGGGCUUGACGGUCAUGCUGGGAAGAAAAUUGCGGAUCGUCUCCUAGGUGGUGCUGAUGUGUCAACGUUUAGUACAAUGCCAGAUAUUCCUGAACAAAAGCAGUCUUCGAAAACAGAACAGGAAGAAGGUGAAGAGACUAAGAAUGGGAGACCUUCUUCUGAUCGUCGGAGAAGUCUGUUUACACGUUCAGAUGCGAUGACUGAAGACAGUUUGCCUGGAGAGGAAAUCAGAAUGAGAAAUCUGCAGGAUAAAUAGAUCCAGUUGAUUACUUUUAUGAUUAUGAAGGUAUGAAUCAGUAUCGAGAUUCAACUUACUAAAAGCCCUCUUAGCCCUCCCAACAUAACACCGACAAUGCUGGUUGCCAUGGUAGUCACACACAGAUAAACCAUACGCCCGUAUCGCAAAGAGGAUCAACUUUGUUAAUCCUGUGGUUCAACUGUUUGAGUACAUUCAUAUACACGUUUUACAAGUCUAUUCCAAGCUGGUAUGAUGAUUAUGGCAUUUUAGUUUUCAACAAAAAACCAUAGGAUUUUUUUUGGUGCAUUUUCAAGCCCUUAUUUUUGAAAUAACACUGUGAAAUCAUUCUCUUUACAGUACUCUGUGAAUGAAUGACCUCAGACAAGUGAAAAAUUUGAAAGGUACAUGUAUACAGGAAUGAGCUAAAUUGAUCAAUGAGCAGAUCAUAUCUAACCAUACCCACACGAAAGUUAGCCACACCCACAUGUCUGUUAGCCACGCCCAAUGUAACAGUUUAAUAUAACCAAGCCCACAGAAUAAAAUUCGGUACUCAUGUACCAGACUCCUGACUAUGUUAUUUUUGUACCAGUUUUCACGAUGUUUUCAUACAUAAAGAAUGUGUACAAGGCAGAGGAGUGUGUCGCGAUUCCUUAUUGGCUAAAGACACAUAAGAGGCGUGUCCAUUGUUUUGUCAGUUUACAGUUGCUAUGUUACCAUAUGAUCAUAUGAUAAAUUUAUUACAUAUGUACAAGACACAAGGCCUGUGCCCUAAAGAAAUGAUAAACCUUGCUCAUUGGAGACAGUAUUUUUUACUAUUCCUUUAAAGAUAAUCAUGAUUAUAGUGCUAGAAGUAAUAUACCUUAUAGAUAGGUGCAUAUUGCAAGCAGUGCCGAAAGUUUUACUGAAAAAUAGCAUAGUGGCUUAGUAGCCAGUAGCUUACUAUUAACCUGCCAGUGGUUUGCACGUGGCUAGCUUGUGAAAUGGUAGGGAGCUGGCUGUAGAAAGAUGCAUUUGCUUUGGUCAUCAUAUCCACCUGGUAGCUGUGCCAUUAGUAUAUUAAAGCUAGUGGAAGCCUGUCAGAGGCGAGCUUGUUGACUGAUGGACUAGCCUUACAUGUUUACUCAAAGUGGUAGAUUGCAGCUAGUGGUGAGCUAGUGUGUUUACUCUUGUUUUUGUUGUAUCUAGGGACACUAACAUAAUUAAAGUGCAGUGAGUAAAUACAAUGAAUGGCGCCUGUAGAUAGAUGCAAAUAUUGAUGAUAAUGCUAGAUGCGUAAUA